CACGUGUUAAUCAUCGUUUGGUUUAUCCGCUUACGUAUCCUUCCCACCGCCUCCUUCUCCAGUAUCUUCCGUCCUGAGGUUCUCGAUUCUUCUGAUUUUCUGCUUCAUUCUUUUCUCGCUCUUCUCUCAAGCGCACAACCUCCACCAUUUACCCGACAUGGAGCGAUCGUGUGACCACAGUGGUCACCGGCGUCGCAUCCCCCCAUGCCUCCUGUUCUCCGAUCUCAGACGUCGCCUCCCGCUCUCUGCUAUCACCAUCCUCGAUUCAGCUUCCAAAAUGGUGGCCAUCGACCUCAAAGAGAAGUCACACGACACAACUUUUUUACCGUCCCACCGCCACCUGUCACUUCUCCUUUUGGUCGAUGGCUACCGCCUACAUUACGAAGCGUCGACGGUAACCAUAAGCAAAGUGGUUCAACAUUCAAAUAUCGUCUUUGAUUAUAGAAAAGCCUCCAGUGAUAGAUUUCCUCCAUUACUUUUAUUUCGUAAGGGAACCACAACAAAUGCAAGGAUGCUUAUUUCAUUCCACCAUGGUUCAUUUAUUUCCAUUUUUGGAGACAAUAUAGAGUAAUUCAGAUCAUUCAUACUAAUUACUUUUUGUUUUAUAU